AUGGCCAGCCUCAACUCUUUCAUCUACGUUAUCAUAUAUGGAGUCGUGCCGGUGCUAGCCUUGCUGGUGGUUUAUCAGCUCAACUUCCACCCACUGAGCAAAUUUCCUGGGCCAUUUUGGGCGAAGAUCACUGAUGCCUACGGGGGCAUAAACGCUAUUGGAAAGCGGGCUCAUCUCGCCACUCAUCACAACCACUUGAAAUAUGGCCCCGUUUUCCGUCAAGCCCCGAACCGGCUCAUGUUCAACUCGGUUGGCGCGCUGCAAGAUAUCUUUCUCAACCCUGGAGUCACGAAGGGCCAGGCGUACGUUGACUCUCGCCUGGUGCCAAGUCCUAGUCUCUUUGACACGCUGGACCAGGCGGAGCACGGCCGCAAGCAACGCAUUAUUUGGAAGGUGACCUCGGAGCUUUCUAUGCGCUCGUUUGAACCAGAGAUGAGGUCUCAAGUGGAUAUCUUCCUCUUGCAGCUCCUCAAAUCGGCCCAAAAGGGCGAGGUGGUAGACGUUUCGCCGCGGUUCUCACGUCUCGCGGCUGAUGUCAUAUCCUCCCUUGGCUUUGGCAUUCCUCUGCGCACUCAGACAGAAGAGACGAACCGCCAACUCCUAGACGCCUUUGGACAGGUCACCAGCCGUAUCGCCUUGUACAUGAACUGGCCGUCCACCUCGAAGCUUCUGGACCCCCUUAUCGCGUGGUUGGCCCACAAGGCCUCUGAAGACUUCCGCAAGUCCAUCCAGAAUAUGGUUGAGGCUCGCAUGGCCUUGGGAAAAGAUGCGAAGCACGACUUGUACAAACUGGCUCUGAGCGACAAGAAAGGCAGCGAGGAGGGCUUACUCGAAAGUGAGCUCUGGGCCGAGGCGGUUUUCUUCAUCACAGCUGGUGGUGCAACAACUUCAGCACUCAUGAGUGCAGUGCUCUUCUAUCUUUCACGGAAUCCUGAAAUCUACCGCAGGCUUGUCUCUGAGAUUCGGACCACAUUCUCUUCUGGCAACGACAUCCAAGGCGGUCCUAACCUGACAAGCUGUAAAUACCUCCGAGCUGUGAUCAAUGAAACGCUGAGGAUGUCCCCUUCAUCUAUUGGCACAUUGUGGCGCCAGCAGGAUCUCACAUUACCUUCUCAGGCUGGUAAGCCUUUUGUUGUUGAUGGGCACGUGGUUCCACCAGGGACUAUGGUUGGACUUAGCCCGUACAGCCUCCUGCACAACGAGAAGUACUUUCCGGAGCCGUUCGUCUUCCGGCCUGAGCGGCACUUGGAAGGUGAGAGCGGUAGUGAAGGUAAUAAUAUGCGUGCCUUUGCACCCUUUGCCGUUGGGAGUAGGAGCUGUGGGGGAAGAGCUGUGGCGUAUCUGGAGGCAAGUCUGGCAAUUGCGAAGACAGUCUGGUACUUUGACUUCGACAGGGCCCCAGGUACAGCCGAUGCUCUCGGCGAAGGCGGCCCGGGCAUGGGCAUUGGGAGGGAAAGGAAGACCGAAUUCCAGGUACACGAUGUCAUCACAGCUGAGCAUCAUGGGCCUAAUUUAGUGUUCAAGCCUAGAGGGGAGUGUUGGAAAGAGUUGGCUGAGAGAGUACGCGUGGACUAG